AUGGACUCGACCACACUCGUUACCUUUCUCUAUAAAUCAAGACCGGAUGUUCGCACAGUCGAACUCUUUGGCUCAUGGGACAACUUCUCAAGACCGUAUCGCAUGCAAAGUGAUGGCCACAGAGGUCGUGGUGUCUGGACUGGAUGCCACUCCUUCGAGAAUAUCAUCUGUGAUGGUGAUCGCAUCAACCAACUCAGACCCAGAAAUGGUGCUUUGAAACAGGGUGGAACUUACUGGUACUACUACAAACUCGACGAUGCCGAGGAAACUUGCGACCUAACCGCCUCAACAACAUGUGCCUGCCCAUUACUACCUGGUCAAAUGGUCAACGUACUGGAGAUCCCUAUCGAAGUGAUUGAGGCACCUCAAAGAUCCAGCAGCGCCUCGGCCGACCUGCCAACUACUAUGGAGCACCCAAUGACCAUCAACCCCGAAGACAGAUACAAGAAGAUCUACAGCAAGCCGCCUACCAAACUCCCUCGCUACUACUGCUCUAGUGACGCAUUGCGCGAGAGAUUUGCUGCGGAUGCCACAAUGUCGAGGGACCUCAGAUUUAGAGAACGACCCUCAUCCCGUGGUCUCAGGUCUGUGAAACGCGUUCGUCGUGAGGAGCCUGAAUAUCAAAGACCCGGUGCAUGUCAGAUCGAUGCUUCUUGGGAUGAUAUCUCAGCGCUAGCCAACGUUCCCGAUCUGACGCAGAGCAUGAACGACCUGCCGGAACUCCGACCUUUCGCUCCUUGCCCUAGUGCUUCUCCUGAAGAGAGACCAGUUACUCGAGGCGGAGGACACUUUACUGAUCUUACCAAAGGCUUGGGAUUCUCGUUCUUUGGCUCGCUCAGACAACCAAAGAAGAACACGCACCGUCUUAGCCAAGAGUUCACAAUGGAGUUCGAGGGUUCGCCAUCGCAAAUUCCUCAAUAUGACGGCGCCUAUGACGAACCUCAAUCUACACAAUGGCCUCUCAGUCCUCCUUUGUCAGAAUUGGCAGACGAAGAGAACUGGCCCUUGCCACCUCUGGACCGUUUCAGACCCUCUUCUUCGCACACUCCUCUUCAUGGUCCAUCAACACCGACUUCUGCAAUUCCCAUUCUCAACCUCAACAACCAAUCUCAGUCUCGAACCAGCACAUUCCACCAGCCUUUAAGAUCGCCAGCACUUUCUUCCUCCGUCGCAUCAGACGACUUCCACCCUGGUUUCGGACCCAGCAAAAGCAUACCCGGCAGCUUUGACAUGGCCUCUCCGACUUUCACAGCCGACACACUCGACUCGUCCUUUUCCUCCAGUCUCACAACACCCGAUCGCCUAAGUUUCAGCCUUGACACCUCCAACCACAACACCGAGCCCUCCGAUAUCAACACCGCAAACUUCCAAUCCGGACUCGAAGACCUAAGCAACCGUCUCUCGACCCUCUACACCAGCCCAUCCUCAUCCCACUCGGACGACUUCAGCGACUUUGGCGAAUCCCACACCAAGAAGACAGAUUUCCUCUCUUUCUUUCCUCCUCGCGCUGCACCUUUGUACCUCCAAAACGUGCAAGCCCGUCGCAGCAGAAGCAGUGGCGAUUGCGAGCAAAAAUCCAAUGCGAGUUGUUUGACUCUCAAACCAUCCAAAACCGGCACCGCAAGAGGCGAAAGACCGUUUUCUUUGUGUUUGCCGGUUGGGGCUGGAGAGUGGGAUGCAGAGGAUCAUGGUUUCUCUAGUGAUGUUUUGGGGGCUUUGGGGUUGGCUUGA